AUGUUUUAUCUAUUUGUAGCGUGGUGGCUUAAAAAUUCGGGAAAUGAUGAAUACGGUGGCUUAGAUGGUGAAGAUAUCAACUGGUCUGGGCAUGCAUAUUACGAUAAAUACACAGGGAAAGGAAUCACAAUUGCCGUAAUGUCUGAUGGAGCGCUUUUCGAUCAUGUUGCAUACAAAGAUAGAGCAAUCAAAGAUCAGUUUAUUAAUAUUUAUACAAAUGAAAUCAUGUUGACAACGAAUUCAUCACAUAACAUCGCAACUGCAUCAUUAGCUCUAGCAGCAGGGAAAAGAGGUACAGAAUUUGAAGGUGUUGCUCCAGGAGCAAAUGUUGCAUCUUAUUUUUUCACAAACUAUUCCAUGCAAGCAGAACACCUUCAAACUGUGAUGUGCCAUCAGAGUUUGAAGUGGAAUAUAUCAAUCCUUCAAUAUCUUUACAUUGAGAAACCGAAUGGAUACGUUCAAUACGUUCAACCAGAAGUAAUUCCUAAGGAAAUUGCAGAUGAUUGUUUAUAUCAUCCACAAGAAGGAAAUUGGCCACAUCCAAUAGUGGUUCCAGCAGGAACUUUCUGCGCAUCUGAUCCUAUUAUGAGUCCACCUUCAGGUUGGCCACUAGUUUUUACAAUUAGCGGUGUUACUAACAGAGGUCUUUCUUUAUAUCGUUCUGCUGAAGGUGCAAGUGUCUUUAUGGUUGCUCCUGCUGCUGGAAAUGCUCCUAUUUUUACAGCUUCGCCAAAAUCUACUAAUUCAACAAAUAAGAACUUCACAUCGACUAACGCAAGUGCAGCGAUAUUCGCAGGUGGACUUGCUGUUUUAUUAGAAGCAAAUCCAAACUAA